GCAGUUCAUACUAUAAGCUUAGUUUCUAUGUCAUGACUGUAGCUACGAGUUGUGUUUUCAAACAAAAAAAUGCGGCGUUACAUUCGUGCACUAAUGUUGUGCACGGUGUUCGCCGUGUUUUCGGGCUUGUAUGUUUACAGUAAACUGUUUUACUCGGACGUGUCGGUCGGUGGAAACGGACCGAAGAGGGUUUUCAUCCCAUCGAGAGUCCCCGGAGGCAGGCGAGGUACCGCGGACAAAACUGGGCCCAAAAGCCCACACUGGUACAAUAGGUACAUCAUGCGUCAGCGGGGUCAGGCGGAGGCAGGUGGUGGCAGCGUUCAGAGCAGACCUGAACCCCCCAUGCAUCUGGCCGUGGUGGCUUGUGGGGAGAGGCUGGAAGAGACUCUCACCAUGAUCAAGUCAGCUGUGCUUUUCAGCAUUAAGCAUCUCCAACUGCACAUCUUCGCCGAAGAUCAGCUCCACACCAGCUUCAUGGAAGCUUUGGAGUCGUGGCCUAGUUUUAUUCGCUCCAGGUUCAACUACACAGUCUACUCCAUCAGCUUCCCCAGUGAGAACGCAGCCGAGUGGAAGAAACUCUUCAAACCCUGCGCUUCUCAGAGGCUCUUCUUACCCCUGAUCCUGAAGGACGUCGACUCGAUUGUGUACGUUGACUCAGACAUCUUAUUCCUGCAGCCUGUAGACCGCCUGUGGGCGUUCCUGUCCCAGUUUAAUUCCUCCCAGCUGGCUGCCAUGGCCCCGGAGCACGAGGAGCCCCGUAUUGCCUGGUACAACCGCUUUGCCCGCCACCCCUUCUACGGCAGGACGGGCAUCAACUCAGGGGUCAUGCUUAUGAACAUGACACGGAUGAGGAACAUGUACUUUCAGAAUGACAUGACGUCUGUGGGACUGCGUUGGGAGGAGCUGCUGAUGCCUCUUCUUCAGAAAUACAAACUUAACAUAACCUGGGGAGACCAAGACCUUCUCAAUAUCAUUUUCCACCACAACCCUGAGUGCUUGCUGGAGUUUCCGUGCCAGUGGAAUUAUCGUCCAGAUCAUUGUAUCUAUGGCAGUAACUGUGCGUCAGCGGAAGACGAUGGCAUUAACAUACUGCAUGGAAACAGAGGGGUUUACCACGACCACAAACAACCUGCCUUCAGGGCUGUUUACGAGGCCAUACGAAAGUACUCUUUUGGCGCGGACCCAGUGACGUCGUUGUUGGAUCCACUCGAGAAAGAGCUGUUGAAGACGACACACACUUAUUGUGGUAAGUCCCACGCGCUUCUCACCAAGAGACUGGCACGCAGCCUGGCAUCAAUAGUAAGGCCUCACGUGGACGCUGGCAAAACAGAAUCACAAUGACGGGACGGAGGCCAAAAGGAGCGCGUGGCUUGAGCCGGUCAGAAAGAAGAGGAAAAAAAAAAAGGAGAAAGAAACUUUACGGUUUGUUUCUAAUCCUGCGAGCUGAAUUUGAACAGCGGCGUUGUGUGACUGAUAACAAAGAAACAACCACUGCAGCACUGCAAACGUGUUUUUACUUGGCAGGCUGUUCAAUAACAAAGAAUUGAAGUUGUCCAAAAGACGCAUUCACUACUUUGCUUUUGGAUUAUUUAGGUGAACAGCUGCUCCAUAAAACAGUUGGGAUUGUCUCAAACUGAGACUAAUUGGUGCUCCCCUCUUUUAAGUUGCUCUGGAUAAGAGCGUGAUGUAAACGUCUGAAAUCUGCUCUCAAUGUUACGUUAUGUGAACGUAGCAGAGACGACUAUUCUCUACAGGUGGACACAUGGAUUUUCAUGUGUUUCUAUUACAUACUUUCACGACAUUUUAUAUUUUACUGACAGUUGGGGAUUUUUUUAUUUGUAAAAACCAGCCAGCAUCCAGUCUCUUCUUCCAAUAAUUGUCUCCUUUCAGUGCCCUUUGGUUACUGACUAAAGGUGAAUAAUACUCGUGGUGCAUAAAGAGCUGUAAAAGUUUGGUAGAGCAGCUCUUGACUUUCCAUAUUGGAGAAUUUAUUGAACCUUGUGAAGCACUCUUAUUAAAAGAGACAAAAGAAUCCUAUCAGAACUGGACAAAGGCUUUCUGCAGGGCCCAUUUUGAGAGAUGUAUGCACUGGCCCACUUUUGUGACCUUCAGAAACCAUUUCAGAACCAACAACGUGGAAGAGACUUGUUUCAGAAAACAUGCACAGAAUGAGAAUAUCAUUUCUGAGUGUGUGAUUUUGAAUAGUUCCUCGUAUGUGGUUUUUCUACAGUACUUGAGCAUACAGUUCUCCUGAGUAUGGGUUCGUCCUACUCUGUUAUUUUAUCUGUUGCACAGAUUACCGUGACCAAAAGUAUCGCGAGCAAAAUGAGUCAACGGUCAUGUUUAUGUUGUGUAAUGUCAGUGUACAGUUUUGGGAUGCCAGGUCAUGUGACUCGACACAAACGUUUGUUUUUCGUGUCUUCUAAGUUAAUACAUUGAACACGCAUGUUUCUGGCACUGGCAAUUUAUGAAUAAUUCAAUACUGUUGUUUUUUAAAUAAUUUUUUUACGAUAUGUUGUCAAUCCUAGAAGUGUGGAUUUGUUUAAAUACAUUUUUAGGUACAGCCAGAAAACAUAAUGCAGACAAAUUACUAUUGAAAAUGUGAAUAAGCUACAAGUUCCACUCCUUAUGCCAAAGCAUUUCUUUUUAUUACUUAUGGGUUUUGCACUGUUGAAUGUAUUUUGAACACUAAGAGUUAUUAUCAGUGCUUAUGAUGGUAUGGUUGUAUUGUGAGGAUAUCCUUUGUGACAUGUUUACUUGUUUAUGUGUGUGUGUGUG